AUGGAUAUCUUGAAACAGUUAUGGUGGAAGUUCUUCUCAAGAACAAAUUGCCGUAAUAUGGAAGCACGUUACGUUCUCGAGCUUCGUGACCGUGAUCCUGCCACCGUGGAAGAUCUCGUGCUGGAUGGCUGCGAAAGUACCGAGAUCGAAGGCGUUAACGACAAACUUGUGAAUCUCCAGAGUCUCAGCAUGGUUCACGUUGGCCUACAAAGCCUUAAGAACCUACCGAAGCUUCCACAGCUAAGCAAACUUGAUAUUUCGGACAAUAACAUCGCUGGUGGGCUUGAGCAUGUGGCAGAUAACUGCCCAGAGCUACUUCAUCUCAAUCUUGCAUCAAAUAAAAUUGCGAAAGUCGAAGACUUGGCCCCUUUGAAAAAACUGAAACUCGCCGAACUUGACUUGUUUAACAAUCCCGUUACCGAGGGUGAUGCCGAAAGCGAAUACAGGUCUAAAAUCUUUGAACUGAUACCUUCUCUGCAAAUACUUGACGGAGCUGAUAUAAAUGGCGAAGAGGUUGAUGACUCGUUUGAUGGAGAGGAUGGCGGAGAGGGAGAAGACAGUGGAGACGAGUCCGGUUCCGACAUAGAUGGCCCAGGAUUAAGUUAUCUGGAUAAUAGUCAACUUGACGAAGAUGAAUCUGAGGAGUAUAAGCCAUCUGAUCCAGAUGUUAGUAGUGACGAUGUGCCGAAGCGAGGCCUGAAGAGGCGCAACGAGGAGACGAAUGUGUGCGAAGGAAUGGGCAGACCAAAAAAUUCCGAAGCGGAUCCGCUUCGUAAGGCAAAGCGAGGUAGACCAAGUAAACAUAAACGUGAAGAGCAUGUGGUCGUUCACACUGGAUUUGAUGGGCAUGCGAAUGCACCAUGGCGCAAGACUGUAUCGAUUUUCAAGCAACCGGUGACGCUGGUGCAUACAUCAGGUCGUGAAAAUAGGAAACCUACGGAGCAGCAACUUAAACGCGGUCUUAUGAACAACAGACCGCAGGAAAAGCCAGCACCAGUGUUGUGGGCGAAAGCUUUGGAAAAUGUGCAAGCUUUGAUACCUACUGCAGUAGCGGAUAAGGUAGAUGUAAACAAAACAGAGUACCUCACCGAAAGUCUGCAUCUUGCCGGGCGGCUUGAGAGAGCUAGCGCUGCAUUGAAUGAACAAGCCGCUGCAGCUUCACUAUUUACUAGUAUUCAUAAUCCAAACCAGUCCGGCGCUUUUGGUCAAGCAGCCGAUAAGGAAAAGAUGGAGAGCAACUUAUUGCUCCACAUUAAUCCGGAACAACCAUUAUUGCGGCCAAUAUCUGUGUUGCCGGAAGACAUUGCAACUCAAGAAAGACGUGUGUUAGAUGCACGAAAACGAUUACAAGAAGUUUGUAUCCAUAACAACUACGACAUCUAA